GAAUGUGUUUGUUUUCGCUGUUUGGUUCUCUCGAAUUUUUACUCGGAAACGGUUGUGGAGCGGGAGUGCGUCGGACCAACUGCAUACAAAAGAGAUAUAUUUACCCUGCGAACUGAAAUGAUUUAAAUCACACACACGCGGAGGUUUUGUUGGUGUCUUAUUUAUUUUACCCAUACACCUUUUGGUGAACGUGGAGUGCAACUGCAGUUAUAUAAAGUCGCGGAACUAUAACUUAUAACUGCAUAUUUACAGCUGUUAACUCCUGCACCGAGCCAUGGGACAGAUCGUGGGCUCCAUGCAGAUGAAUGUGGCCGAGGUGUUUGGCAACCGGCGGAAGCGGAAGCGCAGCACGGACUCCUCGCUGGGCAAGGACGAGCAGGCCCAGCUGGACGCGACGCAGCCCAAGAAAAAAAAGCUUCUGACCACCACCCAGUACAUAUACAAGGCUCUGUUUAAGGAGCAGAAGAACUCGGAUGUGUCCGUGAUGGCCCUGGACAAGGUGUGGCACCUGCACAAGGUAUACCUGAGCCAGAGCCCUUAUUUCUACACCAUGUUCAAUGGAACGUGGCGGGAGGCGCAGCAAAAAUUUGUGCAGAUCACGAUCCUCGACGAUCGGAUCACCGUAGCCAGCCUGGAUGCUGUAUUCGGAUCGAUGUAUUCUGACGAGAUCGAGAUCGAGCCGACGGAUGUGAUCCCAGUUCUGGCCACGGCCACCCUGUUCCACUUGGAUGGGAUCAUCGACAAGUGCGCCGAGGUGAUGGUGGACACCAUCAGUCCGGAGACAGCCAUCCAGUACUACGAGGCGGCCUGCCAGUACGGUGUGGUAGGCGUGAAGAAGUCCACGUUCCAGUGGUUCCAGAUCAACCUGCUGAGCAUUUACAGCAAGCAUCCAAAUCUUCUAAGACACAUCUCCAUCGGACUGAUGAGCGCCCUGACCGCCAGCCACGACCUGUACGUGAUGCAGACAGAGUUCUCACUCUAUACUCUGCUGCGCACGUGGAUGUUCUUGCGCCUGCAUCCCGACUACGACCCCGAGGAUCCUGUACAGCGGGCGGAGGCUCUGAAGACGCAAGAGCGCCUGAUCAACGCCGGCGUGGAUACGCACACGCCCAGUGGUGACAUCGUCCAGUGGACGUACUUCACCAACCGCAUGGAGGAGCGCUCGUUUCUUGCCACGCCCGAGGGACAGCCCUACGUGAGAGUCUUCCAGAAGCUGCGCACCCAGUACCUGACCAACCACUAUAUGGAUCUGAAGAUCAUCUACAACGACAACAUCAUACCCAAGGAGUGGCUCUAUCGGCACAUCCACAACCACUGGGAUGCCCUGCUGCGCAUAGACCAUGGUCAGGAGGACUGCAGUCCUCAGCAGCUGGACGACGAGCAGUUCUUUGAGAACUGCAUGCGCUGCGGCCGACUGCUGCUUGAGCCAGGUUACCAGAAGUGGCGCUGGACAGGCUUCAAUUUCGGCAUGGAUCUCAUCCUCAUUAUGGACUCGCGCAGACUGAAUAUUCGUCGGCACCACCGGCACGAGCACGAGCGGGUGCUUAGCUUGCAGACAAAGCGAAAGUUCAUGAUCCGCACGACGGUGACAUCGAUCAAUGCCCAACGGCAGCCGGUGUUCACCCAGACCUCGGAGAUAUGCUCGCUCAGUUUAGAGAAGAACGAGGAAGUGCCGUUGAUGGUACUUGACCCAAAACUUGUUCAUCCGCUGCUAAUCUCCAUCAACAUGUUGGUCGUAAUGCCCCCGAACCAGAGUUUCAAGGAGAUUGUGCCGCACUGCGAGGAGGCGAUGCCGACGUCUCUAUCCAUACCCAUUUCGGAAAUCGGAGCGGACUGCGAGCGACCGAUGACCCCGUCCAGUGCCGACGAUUCGGCGGUUUUCAUAGGCGACUCUGAGGCUACCACGCCGUCGUCGCCGGCUCCGCGACCCAGGAUAUCCUGGGGUGCAGCCAGCAGCGAGACGGACGCCAUAGGCGAUCUGGCGUGCUGAGCGCGUUCAACCACUACCAGUGCCCACCACUACCACCGUUUUCUGUUCAUUUGCCCGCUGCCUGUUCGGGCUUCGUAGUUGUAAUUGUAAAUUCGUUGCUAACCGAUCUGACUUACGCAAUAUCGGCGAUCGUUUUGGCAAACGCAUCAGAUCUAUAUCUAUUAAAUAUUUUUGUAUAGCGUUUACAUCACAAAAGUAUCUUGUAUCCAACUGCUUACACUUACACUGUCUUCAUUACCUACUCGUGCCCUCGCACAAUCGUAGAUGUUGCAUAUAUAUAACUAUAUAUAGUAUGUAAACUGGCCGUCUUUUAAGAUUGUUAUGUUUAAGUAACAAGAGAUCGCGGCAAAGUAACUAAGGUACAUUUAAGCGUGUUCGAAUUACGUACGUACGGUUAACACAUUUAACUACUGUCCCAACACAUUUUUACUCGCUUCAUAUACGCACAGUGUAACCAUUACCCUUCGAGUGAUCGAUCAUUUAUUAAAGUUUAAACUACCUAUUCAA